ACUGAAGAAUUAUAGUUGCUUUCCAGAAAUAUGAGGGCAAUUUGGCAAAUUUAUAACUAUCUACUCUGUAUUUGGAACCCUGGGUAUAGGAGUAAACAAGACAAAGAUUGUCCUCCUCUCAUAAACUGAGCUAUUAUUCUAUAUAGCAAGGUUUAUGUUAUAGAGACUGCAAGCCUCAUAAUGCGAGGAUCAAUUAAAAACCUAAAAGUCACACAAUAUAGUAGAAAUGGUCUGACUGACUUAAUAGUGUGGUUAUUGGGGAUGUUCCUGCCAGUUUUUUCAAGCAUAUGGCUAAUUAACAAUUGACUAAUUGAUUUUUUUCUGUAGAUCAUAUGUCUUAUUUAGUAUGGUCCACUGGUGUUACUGAUUGAGAUGAAAUGAUCACUUUCAGGUUCAAAGGUCACUUUUUGACCUUUGGGAAUAACUAGAAUCAGUUAUGCUUAAAUUUAAUAUUUCAUGCCUGAAUAUAAUAUGUUAUUGUACUUAGUGAUUUUAGAGACCCAACGAUACUGGGUUUGAGAUACUAGGAAAUAUAUCCCAAAAUAUUUUCGGUCCUUCUGUUGCUCAUUUUAAAAUAUGAUUAAACAAAGAUUGUAGCCAUAGAGAAGAUUUUCUGCUGUAAAUUGGUGUUUCAACCCAUUCAACUGUUCAUGCUUUCUGUGAUCCCAUUUAUAAAAGUGGAAAGUGAAGGGUGAGUGGCUUCCCUCUUGAGUAGGCACAUACUUUAAAAAAAAUAUGUAUGUCUCAGCAGAGCUAUGCUAGAGUUUCAUAUAGCUGCUUUUUUCUAUAUUGUAGGGCCAGCUCUCAAUGUUGCAAGAAAAAAUAGACCAUUUGGAGCGUUUGCUAGCUGAGAACAAUGAGAUCAUCUCAAAUAUUAGAGAUUCGGUCAUCAAUUUGAGCGAGUCUGUGGAGGAUGGGCCAAGAAGUUCACAAGGCAAUUUCAGCCAAGGUGUUGGUUCACCUCUUCUGUCCCUCACAGUUGACCCUGCAGACUGUCUGUUUGCUUCACAAAGCGGAAGUCAGGAUUCAGAUGUGCAGAUGUUGGAUAUUUACAGUCUAAUUCCUUUUGACAAUCCAGAUGGUGGAGUUUGGAAGCAAGGAUUUGACAUUACCUAUAAACUUAGUGAUUGGGACACUAAGCCCCUUCAGGUCUUUGUGGUGCCUCAUUCCCAUAAUGACCCAGGUUGGUUGAAGACUUUCAAUGACUACUUUAAAGAGAAGACUCAGUAUAUUUUUAAUAACAUGGCCAUUAAGCUGAAAGAAGACUCACGGAGGACAUUUAUAUGGUCUGAGAUCUCUUACCUUUCAAAGUGGUGGGACACUACAGAUAAGCUCAAGAAGGAUAUUAUUAAAAGUUUACUAGGAAAUGGUCAGUUGGAAAUUGUGACAGGUGGCUGGGUUAUGCCUGAUGAAGCUGCUGCACAUUAUUUUGCCAUAAUUGACCAACUAAUUGAAGGACAUCAAUGGCUGGAAAAGAAUUUAGGAGUGAAACCUCGGUCUGGUUGGGCUAUUGAUCCUUUUGGACAUUCACCAACAAUGGCUUAUCUUCUAAAACGUGCUGGAUUUUCUCAUAUGCUCAUCCAGAGAGUUCAUUAUGCCGUUAAGAAGCAUUUUUCAUUGCAUAAAACGCUGGAGUUUUUUUGGAGACAGAAUUGGGAUCUGGGAUCUGUCACAGAUAUUUUUUGCCACAUGAUGCCCUUCUACAGUUAUGACAUCCCUCACACUUGUGGACCUGAUCCUAAAAUAUGCUGCCAGUUUGAUUUUAAUCGGCUUCCUGGAGGCAGAUAUGGUUGUCCCUGGGGACUUGCCCCAGAAGCAAUAUAUCUUGGAAAUAUCAAAAACAGGGCUGAGUUGCUUCUGGACCAGUACCGAAAGAAGUCAAAACUUUUCCGCACUACAGUUCUCCUGGCCCCACUGGGAGAUGAUUUCCGCUAUUGUGAACGCAGGGAGUGGGAUUAUCAGUUCAAGAAUUAUCAAAUGCUUUUUGAUUAUAUGAAUUCUCAACCUCAUUAUAAUAUUAAGAUACAGUUUGGGACAUUAUCAAAUUAUUUUGAUGCAGUGGAUAAGGAAAUUGGAGCCAGUAGAACAAAUAGCCAGCCACUGUUCCCUGUUCUAAGUGGAGAUUUUUUCACUUACGCCGACCGAGACGAUCAUUACUGGAGUGGCUACUUUACAUCCAGACCUUUUUACAAACGAAUGGAUAGAAUAUUGGAAUCCCAUUUAAGGGCUGCGGAAAUUCUUUACUAUUUCGCCCUGAAACAAGCUCAGAAAUACAAGAUAAGUGCAUUUCCUUCAUCAUCCUCUUACAUGGCUCUUACAGACGCCAGAAGGAGUUUGGGACUGUUUCAACAUCAUGAUGCUAUCACAGGAACUGCAAAAGAUGCGGUGGUUUUGGAUUAUGGUAUCAGACUCUAUAAUUCAUUAAUGAAUUUGAAGGAGAUAAUUGGAUCUUCUGCACUACUUCUUAUUUUGAAGGACAAACAGUCAUACAAAUCUUCCUCUUUUGAUACCCUCCUAGAAAUGGAUUUGAAACAAAAAUCACAAGGUUCUCUACCACAAAGAGAUACAAUACAGCUGAGUGCAGAGCCAAGGUACCUUGUGGUCUAUAAUCCUUUAGAGCAAGAACGAAGCUCAUUGGUCUCGGUCUAUGUGAGUUCCCCCAAAGCACAAGUGUCCGCUUCAGGAAAGCUGGUGGAAAUUCAAAUGAGUGCCGUUUGGGAGACCGCCAAUACUAUUUCACAGACAGCCUAUGAGAUCUCUUUUCUAGCACAGAUGCCACCAUUGGGACUGAAAGUGUAUACACUUUUGGAUUCAACAAGUUCACACCCACAAUUAGCUGAAUAUGCCUUGUAUAAUGGUAACAUAGAGAAUAAAGGAAUUUUCAACAUGAAGAAUAUGAAAAAUGCUGAAGAAGAUAUAACUCUAGAAAACCCCUUUAUGAAGCUUCAUUUUAGUCAAUCUGGGCUUAUGGAGGAAAUGAUAAAUAAAGAGGAUGGGAAGCAUCAUGACAUAAAGGUACAAUUUUCAUGGUAUGGAACCACAAGUAAGAAGGACAAAAGUGGUGCCUACAUCUUCCUGCCUGAUGGAGAAGCCAAGCCUUAUGUUUACAAAACCUUACCCAUUGUCAGAGUGCAGCGUGGAAGGUUUUAUUCGGAUGUGACUUCCUUUUUUGAACAUGUUACCCAUACUGUCCGACUGUACAACAUACAGGGAAUAGAAGGACAGUCUGUGGAAAUUUCCAAUAUUGUGGACAUCCGAAAAGAAUAUAACUAUGAGAUUGCAAUGAGAAUUUCUUCUAACAUAAACAGCAAAACUAGAUUUUAUACGGACCUAAAUGGAUACCAGAUUCAACCUAGAAUGACAAUGAGCAAGUUGCCCCUUCAAGCAAAUGUGUAUCCAAUGACCACAAUGGCGUAUAUCCAGGAUGCCCAGCACCGCUUGACCCUGCUCUCUGCCCAGUCUUUAGGUGUAUCAAGUUUGGAAAGUGGUCAGAUUGAAGUUAUCAUGGAUCGAAGACUCAUACAAGAUGAUAAUCGUGGCCUUGAGCAAGGUGUCUAUGACAACAAGAUUACAGCUAGUUUAUUUCGAAUACUACUAGAAAAAAGACCUGUCGUGAAUAUGGAAAAAGAAAAGCCAGUCAGCUAUCCUUCCCUCCUUAGCCACAUAACUUCUUCUUUCCUGAAUCACCCUGUCUUUACAAUGACAGAAAAGAGGCCCGUGCCCACCCUUCAGCUGCUCGGUGAAUUCUCCCCGUUACUGUCAUCUUUGCCUUGUGACAUUCAUCUGCUUAAUCUGAGGACAAUACAAUCAAAGAAAGACGACAAGUAUUCCGACGAGGCGGCCUUGAUUCUCCACAGGAAGGGGUUCGACUGCCUCUUCCCCAGCAAAGACACUGGGCUGCUCUGUUCCACUACCCAGGGAAAGAUAUUGGUACAUAAACUUUUUAACAAGUUUACCGUUGCACGCCUCAUACCUUCAUCGUUAUCCUUGAUGCACUCACCUCCAGAUGCCCGCAACAUAAGUGAGAUCAACUUGAAGCCCAUGGAAAUCAGCACAUUUCGAAUCCAGCUGAGGUAAACCUGGCUUUCAGAUUUGGAUUGCGAAGCAUUGGCUUUUGUACACUUCUUGGUUUUACGUGCAAUAAAGAAGCACAUUAUUUUAGCUUCUGGCUACUGUGAGAACAUGAAUUCUGUGAUUUUUUUUUUUUUUGAACCAUUACAGUAAGAAAAAAAAAGCCAUGCUAUAAACCAGUUUGGUUUUUUUUGUUGUUGUGGUUUUAAGUUUCUUCCAUCAAGUACCACCAUCGGUAUGAAUUGAUGCAACAAACAAAGAAAUGUCUAAAGACAACCUCACAGCAGAUUGUAUCUCAGGUUAAAUAUUCACUAAUUCUGUCUGCAUUGGAGGUUGUAAAGAGAUUCUUAUGAGUAUUCAUGUUGCCAAUCCUGCGUUAAUUUUACAAAAAAUGCCCACUUCUACCAAAAUGGAAUAAGACGCUGGUGGGUCAUAGCUAAUGGCCAAAAUAGUUGCAAUCAUUCAUACAUGUUAGAAAAUGUUCAUGUGUUGAAAUACGUGGAAAAGUGCAAUCCAUCAGCCCUGAUGAUAUAGUUGAUUUUCACACCUUUUUCUAAUGUAUCACUUGACCCCUCCCUUCCUACCCUUUGUAAAGUAUUUCCAGAAAUAGCAGAUUCUGAGUCAUUCAAUAGUAGAAAAAGAGGCCUAUUUUCAUUACUUGACAAUGUGAGAUGGGUGCAGUUUAUUCCAGUGUCACUGAAAGAGAAGAAGCAAUUCCAUAGGUACCAUAACCUAUUUUAGGUACCACAAGGUGUCUUUUUACACAGCUCAUUUGAAUACAGAUGUUCUGAAAAGGGGUUUCUAUUUUAAAAAUACCAUAUCAAAAUAAAUGUGCCUUAUUUUUUUAUAAGUCUUGUUAAAUCUUUUAGUGUCCAUGUUACCAUUUGGGGAAGGGGGGAGGUUGGGGCAGGGAGAGGGCAUGGGUACUUUCUAUGACAUAAAUUAUAAAAUUUUUGCCUGAUGAUGCUGGCCACAUUCUGAUCUGUUUCAUUAAAUUUGUGGUGAUAACACUCUAAACAUUUUGACUAUUUGAAUGUACUGAGAUCUCAGAAAACAAAACAAGAGAAAAAAUAUUGUUGAUUAAAAUAUGCUGCUGCCAAGGAGACUGCAACUUGAAGCAAGGAUUGUGUGAUGUGCAAAGUACACACCGUUUCCACUUCAGAGGCGUUAAGGACACUGAAGAGAGAAUGCUUUAAAACAGACCCUGUUUGGAAACCCAAUUGUAUGUAGCUCACCGUGAUUCAUCCUAUUAAAGUAUAUGUCUGUUCAGUGAAUUCCAAGCUUUUGUAUGUGUGUGCUAACCUCAAAGCGAAGCUCUAAGCCCAUGUGCCAUUACAAUACUUUUGAUAAAAUUUAUUUGCGAUCAUUGUUAACUUGACAUUAAAAUAAAAGCAACAUUAGCAACAUUUUAGAAUAUUGUUUUAAUAUAGAAAGGAUGUUUGAAUAUGCAAACUUUUGAAAGUUCUCUUUAUGUUAACUAAUAGGUGAUUACCUGACUUUAAACCUCCAUUUACCUCCUGUUACUCCAACUUCUUUUUAGAGAAAUUAAAACCUAAUUUCUGUUUCACCAUGUAGUCUGAUUAUUAUCUUGAUUUUUAAUCAAGAUGCAGCUCCUAAGGUCAUUGUUAAGUUAUGUUAAAUUCAUGAACUUCUUUCGCCUUUAAUAAUUAAGGAAACAAUACUGGUGUUGAUAAAGAUAUUAAAAGGGAGUAGUUUCAUGCAAUAAACAUGUACUGUAAGUUUCCUUCCUCAUUUGGGAGGGAUAAACACCUAAAAAAAGAAACAAACACUUCCCUUUUGUGGAUGUCUGCAGUUCUUAGUAUUGUCAGAAGCAAAUUCCAGGAAUAAAUCAGUAUUUCCAUUGCGUCUUAAAUGUAAAACCUUCCUGUGGGCAUUCACUGUGUUCUGUGGUUAAUCAUCUGGGAAUUCUGAUCAGUUGAAGUAAAAAAUCUUGAUGCAAUAACAGUGGUUUUGCCACUUCUGGUCUGUCCCAUGCCAGUCGGAUCUUACUCAGUGUGUUGCCACCAACUGCUCACAGGUAAAGCAGAAUCUCUUUAACAAGCAAGUUUCUGCUUUUUAUCUUUAGAAUAAAGUAUCAGGGAAAUGAAGAGGGGAUGCUUUUGCUUUGGGCUGUGGUCAAGAACUGAUUAAAUCAUUCAGUGUCUCUGUACACUUCAGUUGUGAUCUCGGUGGCAUAUUUGUGUGCCUAGGUUUUAUUACAGUUAUUACAACACAUGACGUUCAGUUGACCAAUAGUUCAUUACUCUCUCCUAUCCUUUUUUUUUUUAAUUUUAAUUUGCGAUUUUAACUGCAGUGUCUGAGGACUCAGCAUCUUUGUUUCCUACAAAUACUGACUAAAAUAAAAUGCUGUAAAGUGUGUGGUAAAACAUUGUAAUUACCUUCCAAUGUCUUUGUUGUACUUGUGCCGAAAUGUUUUCACAUUCUUUUGUUUGGAAGGAAAUCUUUGCUUUCGUUUUGAUUAUGUUGCUUACCUUGGAAUCAAUAGGUUUUGAUAUUUUCUCUUGGAAGAUUUUAUAUCUUUUUGGGAAAAUGUAAUAUAAGAUCUCUAAUAAAAGAUAAAUCUUAUCGUGUA